GACUGCUGGGCCCCCAACAGCUCUCAACGGCAGAUGGGGCUGGAGUGCCGGGAUCCGAGGCCCGCCGAGGGUGCCGUCGCGGGGUCGGCUCUCAGCGGUCGGGUGCUAGCCGCCUGGGCUGGCGCAUCCAGCCCUACCGGGACCCGGUGUCCAGUGGGCUCCCCCAACUACAUCUUGAUACUUAGAGCUUCCCCCUUUCCUUGUCCUCAUAGGAAGGAUAAUGCACCUCUUGGACAGCUCCAGUCCCUACUGUGACAGUCGCAGGAUCUGCAGUGAGCCGUGUGCGCGCGGGGUGUAGAAGUGUGUAGCGUCUCAGUGACUCGUUGGCUCCGCCCUUCAGCGUGUGUUUCCGGGAGGUUUCUAACCACGAGACUUGAGAGGUUUUAACCCUGUUUGGUAAACGGCAUGCCGCCCCCAAAGGGGCGCGGCUCAGUAAUUGAAAAUGAUUGGAAACCACUGGGCUCGAAGUGGUUUAUAGUCUGAUGAGCUAGAAGACCCAGCAUCCUUACGUGACCAUAAACAAACCCUUUUGUAUAUGUUACGUAUCAAUCUGCGGGAAGGGUUGUAAUGGCAAACUUUGCGCCAAAGGACAGGAUUUCUGUGUACUUAAUUUGCUAUGCAGAUUGUUUGCACUGAACUGACUCAGCGAGAAGGUGGGAUGAAAGUAGCCUUGGGACUUAACAGAUAGGAAAACAGCCAGGAAAACUGCAGAAUUUGGGAAGAGUAACUUCAUUCACUGUAUUACUUUGUGAUUCAAAUUUUACAAAGUAAUUUGGUUACUUCAUCAAAUGUUUUACAGUUUUAAGCAUUUAUAUAUGUGUUGGGUUUUUUUGUUUUGUUUUACUGGUGUGGUAGCUCUUUUGGUAAGGGUCGAUUUAUUUUACAGGCAUAUCUGUGCCGCAUAUUAUAAAAUUAAAUAUACAGAUAUCUAAAUGAAGUGUUUAAAUAAUUAAGGCUUUAACUUAUGGGCAUAAUGUGAUACAGUGUGGAUCUUUAGUGGUUUUUGUUUUUUUUUUUUAAUGGUUACUAACAUCCAUGCUUGUCUUAAAGCUUGAUAAAGUACCGCUGAUGAAAUCAUGACCAGGUGGGCCCGAGUUACUACCACUCAUAACAAGAGACCUUUGGCUGCAACAUCAUGGGAGGACAUGAAGAAGGGGUCCUUUGAGGGAGAAAGCCAAAAUCUACCAAAGAGUAAACAACUUGAAGCCAAAAGGCUCUCCGUUAAAAAUGAUGCUCCCCAAGCAAAACACAAAAAGAACAAAAAGAAAAAGGAGUACUUUAAUGAAGAUGUAAAUGGAUUCAUGGAAUACCUAAGACAAAACUCACAGAGAGUUCAUAAUGGAGAGAUGAUAGCAGCAGACAGUGAGGAGGUAAGGGAAGAAAUUGCAGUUGCUUUAAAGAAGGAUAGUCGACGGGAAGGAAGAAGACUAAAAAGACAAGCAGCAAAGAAAAAUGCAAUGGUAUGUUUCCAUUGUAGAAAACCUGGCCAUGGGAUUGCAGAUUGCCCAGCUGCCCUUGAGAAUCAAGAUAUGGGAACUGGAAUAUGUUAUCGGUGUGGGUCCACAGAGCAUGAAAUGACCAAGUGCAAAGCCAAAGUAGACCCAGCUCUUGGUGAAUUUCCUUUUGCAAAAUGUUUUGUUUGUGGGGAAAUGGGGCAUCUAUCCAGAUCCUGUCCUGAUAAUCCCAAAGGACUCUAUGCUGAUGGUGGUUGCUGCAGACUCUGUGGCUCUGUGGACCAUUUUAAGAAAGAUUGCCCUGAGAGCCAGAAUUCAGAUCGAAUGGUCACGGUUGGUCGCUUGGCAAAGGGAAUGAGCGCCGACUAUGAAGAAAUUUUGGAUGUACCUAAACCACAAAAACCCAAGACAAAGAUACCUAAAGUUGUUAAUUUCUGAUAAUGAUUAGUACUGUCAUUAGUUACCACCUCAUUGUUAAAUAUUCUGAACUGGGCCUACUUCGCAAAUUGGAGCUGGGCUCCCUUGGAGACCUGUGUUGUAGAUACCAGUAUGAUCAGGGAAUGGUCGCAUAGUUUCCUGAGUGCUGUCCAUUAAAGAGUGCUUUUAUCACUGGAGAAAAUCACUGGAGAAGUAGAAGACGUUAGAAUUGGAUUCUCUAAAAGAACAUUUUUAACAGAACUUAGGUAUAACUAAGUGGUUAUAUGCUUGAUUGUAACAAUCAUCUUUUUCUUAAAAACUAUGUAUUAAUGUGAACCACCCCUACAUAAAGUUUUACUGCUUGGCAUUCGGAAUUGAAUUUUUAGUUAGAUUGUUUUUUUUGUUCAAAACACCACCUUAUUAUUAUGAAUUUAUUAAUUGCCACAAAAUCCACUAUAUUUUUAAAAUAAUAAAAAUUCAUUUGCUAUUUACUUAUUUUUCUGAAUACCUGAUUCUGGAUUAUACUAGCCAUCCUCUCUUUAUGUCCAGGUACAAACCCUUUGGAAAUACCAUCUUUUGUGAAGUCUAGAUAAGAUUAAUUUUGGUUAAUAUUUAUUUUAGUUUUGACAUAAAGAAGUACAAAUUAUUGAGGUAAAAUAGAAGAAUACCUUAACAGCAGCUCUUCUUUGUUCUUGAUUUUCAAGAGAGAAAUUCUAGCCGAAAUUUAGUUUCAGAUAUUCUGCCAGAAUGAUGUCACUUAACAGAUUGUAUAUUACACUUAACAGCAUUUUGUUCACAUGUUUUAGAUGCGUCCAGGUGAGAAUGCAACUAUCACUGUAAUAGAGUUAGAACACUAAUCAGAGACCCAUUAGCUUCUUUGAUUUGAUGAAUACAUGCAUACUUAAUACAUAUAUUUCACAAGGCUUAGGGCUCCCAUUGUACUGUUUAAUGGAAUGACUCCAGUGGAUUGUGUGUUUCAUUUGGAAUUUUACCUGAUUGGAUACAUUUGUAACUAAAGGAAACAGCUGCGAUUAGUCACUGAUGCUUCAAAAGCAAAAUAUUUACCAAAUAAGAAAAGAAACACUUAUCUCUGUUUUAAUGUCUGCAUACCUCAACAGUUCUAGUUUUAAUAGGAGCUGUUGUUUUAUUUUUGAUAUGAGAGGAAAACAGGACAGAAUAUAGCUCAGCCUUCCAGAAAGGAGUGCCAUUUAAAAGAAAUCACACAAGUUGUGCAGCUGGAAGAGGGCAGCAGUACUGCCUUAGACAUUUAGUACAAACACACCCAGAUUUAUUUCACCUGUCCUAUGAGGUGCCAAAGACUCUGGAGAGUCAAAAGUCUCCUCAAGUGAGGAAGGCAAACAUUAACUUUAUUUAUCCACUGCAUCUUUCUCCAGUUCCUGCUGUGUUUCUGGUACUCUUUUAGGUACUUGGGAUUAUGGUUGUGAUGAAGACAAACAAGGUCACACGCAUUCUAAUGCAGCUUUAGGAUGGAGAUGAGACUUGAGGGGAAAAUACAUAUUUGACAUAUCAGUGUAUCAGAAAAAUAAUAUCCG